CAUUACAGUCGAAACAAGAUGGACGAGAGAAAAUGAACAGAGCUAUUUUUCCACAGGGUUAAAUCCACAUGGACACACGCCAGAGGAGUGUGGACGUGACUGGCUGUAUUCAGAUGAGUUAAGUCUUUACCUCUUCUUGUCUGUCAGACAUGUAACAUACAACGAUGCGGACUUCUUAGCUUCUUAGCGUACCGUAGUACUUCAAGCCUGCCGGAAACGCAUUAGAAGAAGAAGAAGAAGACUCGGGCGGUCCUGGAACGUUGAACGACCGCGGCAGGCGCCUAACAACAGUUUCACUAAGCUUUGGCUCAUGGAAAGCUGAGAUAUUAAAGAAACUUGGCUUCCUUCACUGUGCUGUAGCCAUGAAGACGGAGAUGGGGAGGAGGAGAGCAGUACAUUCAGUCCUCUGACCUGUCUGUCUGCAUGGAGGAUGUGGUUCUGCACUAUCAGCCUGAGUCAACAGAAGAGCUCAGCUCUCUGUUAGAGAGGACAGAGAAGCUUCUCAAGCCUUUUCCUUGUCGUACUUCUCCGGUCUUUACAUCCUGGUUUCCCCUCACAACUUCAAUCCAUCGGCUGCCCAUCAGACCUGCCAAACCAGCUCCCCUUAUCACGGUCUCAGACAGUCCACUUGUGUCUCACAGCAGGCCAUGCAUUCUCACAACGUUGAACACAGCACUCGCAGGAAACCAGUUAAAAAACCCUGAAGGUGACGACUGUGUUGCUGGGACAUGCCAUGAUCAUGCACAUUCAGUGUCGCCAACAAGUCCACCUGAAAAAGUAAAGAGAAGAGAAGCUGCCUGCUGUGUCUUAGAAAACCCAAACCAUCACAAACCAGAGAGAGGGGUCACCAGACUGUCACCUGAAAAGACACCACUUCAAGUCAAAGAUGAUGUCACUGUCACAGACUCUUCUGUCAGUUGCUCCUGGAAUGUGUUCACACAGAGAGGAAUCCUGCACCGAGGCUCCCAGUCACUGUCCAAACAGUUUGAGCACAUGGUGUCAGUCCACAGGCUCCACCUCCGCCAGAGAGCCAAAUGGGUUAUUGCUGAGCACAACUGUGGAGCAGCCUGGGACAUUGAACAGGUGUGGCGGACUCUGAAUCGUUCUGUCAGAAGCACAGGGCUUCCAACAUGCAACGCCAACAUCCAAAGAGAUCAGGCGGAGAUCUGGGUGUUCUGCGAUAUUCUCUGCUCUGAGCAGGUGGGACAUUUCCUGAAGAAUGAGCUGCAGCUGUCGGGAAAGAUUGUCCUCUCAGUCCCCAGAAGGGGCGAUGUUCUCAGCAUGUAGAUGUUUACAAACCUUUUGUUUAGGGAGCCUUCCUAACCCAUAAAAACCUUAGUAGGUGAAGGCACAUUGUAACGCAUUUGUCAGUACCUCAUAGAACCACACAUAAAAAAAAACACCUAAACUAUCACUUUAAGAUGGGACAAAACCGGGUUUAGUCAGGAAACUAAAUCAAGUGUGACAUUUUAAAUGAGUUGAUUUGUGUAUGUGAAAUCUGUCUUGGACUUUAGCUUGUCUUUUUAUUACUUCACCCCAUGGAGUGGGGGUGAAGUAUUGUUUUUGGUGGCUCUGUCUGUCUGUGUGUGUGCUUCCACAAUUGCUUGCAAUAUGAGCAACAGAUAAACCCUGAUAAUAAGCUUCAAACAUUUAUUCAACAUCUCUAAGUUUAGCAGCAGAUAAAUAAAUAUUUUAAAGACACCACAUUGUACAAAAAUUAAAAAUAUAUUUUAAUCACUUCCAUAGCUUUUUUACAUUGGUCUUUCUGAUUUUAAUAAAUGCAGAACUGCAUGGGAAUUGUAUGAGUUAAUUUAUUAAUGAACUGAAAGAGAAAUUAAAGAAAAACUGGUUUUGAAUAUUUA